AUCUACUCCUCUCCUCAUUUCUGCAACAAAGGAAAAAAAAAAAACUCACAUUUUCUUUGUCUAAGAAAAAGAGAGAUCAAAUGGCAUCUACUUCAAUGGCGGUCCAGAUGGCAAUGCCAAUAACAUCUGCAAGUCAGAAGAAAAUACCAUCAACAAGAACAUUCUUCAACCCAUUACCACUGAAGUCGUCCAAGUCUAUCGUUGUCGCACAGAAAUCAAGCUCUGUGAGAGUUCAGGCAUCACUAAAGGAGAAAGCUAUUGCAGGAUUGGCUGCUGCAACUCUUACAGCUACAAUGGUUAUCCCUGAAGUUGCUGAAGCUGCUGGUUCUGAUCUUUCUCCCUCUCUUCAGAAUUUCUUGUACAGUAUCAUUGCUGGUGGAACUGUUCUUACUGCAAUCCUUGGUGCUGUCAUCGGUGUCUCCAACUUCGACCCUGUCAAACGUGCCUGAAAAGCGAAAUUCACAAUUGAAAGUAUAUGGUGCAGUUAUUUACCUACCGUUUCUCUGUAUUUACAUUCUCUGUUUAAUGUUUAAUUUUCUUACCUUUGUUUCCGUUCCAUCUUGCCUGUAAUUUGAUCUGAAGAUAUGAAUUCAGAGAUUCGGUUUCCACAAUCCAAUAACAAAUCAUACAUUUAAAAACU